AUGGCUACAUCCACGGUGACAGAAACCGUAUCGAAGCGGGGCAAAGAAACGUUGCCGCCCGAGAACGAGCGCUUUCUUCGGUGCUGUGCUGAUAUCGCCCAUGCGCUCAUCGAAGACUUUGAAGAGGCUGCCAAGAACCCGAAGCGUGCGCAACGCGACAUCAAUCUGAACAGCCUCCGAUCUAAAUAUGCCCGGAAACACAAGGUCAACGGCGUGCCACCGUUGACGGCAAUCAUUGCUGCCGUUCCGGAACACUACAAGAAAUACAUCUUGCCGAAACUGGUGGCCAAGCCAAUUCGAACCUCUUCCGGUAUUGCGGUUGUGGCUGUCAUGUGCAAGCCGCAUCGGUGUCCACACAUCGCCUACACAGGCAACAUCUGCGUCUACUGCCCGGGGGCGGGGUCGGACCAGCUUAAGGCGCUCGGCCACUCGGUCGACAAGGUUGAGUACAUCAUCAUGGGCGGCACGUUUAUGUCUCUGCCCGAGUCCUACCGAGAGGGCUUUAUCGCGCAGCUGCACAAUGCGCUGAGCGGUUACCAGACGUCCAACGUGGACGAAGCCGUGUCGGCGGGUGAGAUGAGCAACACAAAGUGCGUGGGGAUCACGAUUGAGACACGGCCCGACUACUGCCUGCAGCCACAUCUGUCGAGCAUGCUCCGGUACGGCUGCACGCGUCUGGAGAUCGGCGUGCAGUCGCUGUACGAAGACGUUGCGCGUGACACCAACCGGGGCCACACGGUGGCAGCAGUGGCGGAGACAUUCUGCUUGGCCAAGGAUGCUGGGUACAAAGUGGUGAGCCACAUGAUGCCGGACUUGCCCAAUGUCGGCAUGGAGCGCGACCUCGACCAGUUCCGGGAGUACUUUGAGAACCCAGCCUUUCGGACCGACGGACUGAAGAUAUACCCGACGCUGGUGAUUCGCGGCACGGGCCUCUACGAGCUCUGGCGGACUGGACGGUACCAGAACUACACGCCCAACGGGCUGGUCGAUCUUGUGGCACGCAUCCUGGCACUGGUGCCUCCAUGGACGCGUAUUUACCGGGUGCAACGCGACAUUCCGAUGCCACUGGUGACGUCAGGCGUGGAGAACGGCAACCUGCGAGAGCUGGCGCUGGCGCGGAUGAAGGACUUUGGCACGACGUGUCGGGACGUGCGCACGCGCGAGGUGGGCAUCAACGAGGUCAAGCACAAGGUGCGGCCGAACCAGGUCGAGCUGGUGCGACGUGACUACACGGCCAACGGCGGGUGGGAGACGUUCCUCGCGUACGAAGAUCCGAAGCAGGACAUUCUGGUCGGACUGCUGCGGCUGCGCAAGUGCUCGGAAAAGUACACGUUCCGGGAGGAGCUUGUGGGCCAGCCGACCAGUCUUGUGCGCGAGCUUCACGUCUACGGCACGGCGGUGCCUGUGCAUGCGCGCGACCCCAAGAAGUUUCAGCACCAGGGUUUCGGCACGCUGCUCAUGGAGGAGGCUGAGCGGAUCGCGCGCGACGAGCAUGGCAGCGACAAGAUCAGCGUCAUUUCGGGCGUAGGCGUCCGCAGCUACUAUGCCAAGCUGGGCUACUGGCUUGACGGGCCGUACAUGAGCAAAUGGCUGGACGGGCGGCCAGGACCUUCGCCGUGA